AUGCACCGGUUCACGAGGUGCGCAAAGGAGAAACUUAUUUUCUGUCCUGGACACAUAGAGCAUGGGCAACCUAGGCCGCCCGCGAACUUUCCCGAGUUCGAAGGGGUCGACGCCGAACGAAAGCGGCGCUUUUCCGCGGGUGACAUUUUCGGCGGCCGAGCAACCGCUUCGCGCCUCUACUACUCCGCGGCUGAAUGGGGCCCGCUCGGAACGCGAAGCGCGAGAAGAGUAGCCCACUCGGUGGGGAACGAGAUUCCGCCGUGGAGCGACAACAACCAUCGCAGGAACGACGAUGACAACGAAAGCAAGAACAACAACAACAGCAACAUCAACCUGAGUCGGGAAGAACGACACACAGACGAGCAAGCAAACACCACAUCACGAGAGCCCCACUGGUCGCCCGGUGACCAAGGCCUGACCCUUCUCCGCGAACACCCCCUCGCUGCACAGCAAGAUGGGCCGGGAACCCCGCCCCCUACAGUCCCCUACGACACGCUCGCACGUGACGGGCGGAAGAUCGAUUACCCUCCUUCCAUUCCCUCCCCCUGUUCGGGACGGCGGCGACGCCGGGCCUCGUGGUCCGGACCGAGGGACUCCCGUCGGCCGGACGAUGAAGAGUCCAGCGAGUGCCACGAGGUUUCACCUCGGCCAGCGUCGGUUCCCCCCUUGCUGCAGCUGCGAUGGGAGAGGCAGGGCGUGUCAGGACGAGCAUACCAAAACGAUGGGAAUCCGUCUCUCUACCGCAAGAAGAAAAUGGCAGCGCGUAGAAGGCUUUCCAAGCAUAAAGGCAUUCGUGCGGCGAUCGAGCGGGGAUGGUGGCCGUACCUUCCCCUGCGCUGGGUAAUACUGAACGACCAGCAUGUCUUGAAGAUCCUUCCGAGGCAGGGGUAUAUCCUCCUCUUCACUGCCAUGUACAUGACCCUCGUGCCAACGGCGGACGAGGCAGAGGCGAAGGAGACCGCGCGCUGGGAGUACGGCGAGGACGCGAAGGGGCUGCCCCAGGAACUCGGGCGGGCGGGAAUCACGCUGGGGGCGUUCUCGGAAGCCCUCUUUGCCGUUGCGGACAACUGGACCGAGACGGUGCGAGCCAACGACUACAUCGAGUUCCUGUGCGUGCUCUGGGAGCGCGUGAGGCCGGACGUCCUCUUCCGGCCGCCGCCCCUUAAGCCAGAGAGCGACGACCCCCCCACGGCUCCGUCCCAACACAAGGGCAAUCACGCAGCCGCUGCUGCAAAUAAGAUCGGUAGGCGAAACCAGAAAGCGCGGAGGAAGAACCGGCCAAAGGACGGGGACGACGAUUACCUCCGCCUUCACGAGAUGAGCCGGAAGGCGGCAAACGUGUUGGGCAUUGGUGACGAGAGAUGGCGUGGAGGAGGAGGAGGAGGAGGAGGAGGAGAGGGGAGAGAAGGCGAAGCGCUUGAUGACAACCGCCGCGCCCCUCCCACCCGUCUUCCGCCACCGCAGACACCCGACGGCUUGCAGCAGCUGCGCAUCCCGGGGUUUCGAUCGAAGGAGGCGCAGCGUGCGGCGUGGGUUCGACACAAGCAACGCCGCAUCGUCGAUCCCGGCCGGGGGGUUCUGUUGGCUCCGGAGGGGAUGGACGGUUUGCGCGGCAUUCACCGCGGCGGGGGGAGGGGGGAGACCAGCGGUGGAGCAAAGGAAAACCAGCGGCAACAGCAGCAGAAACAGGAGACGGAAGAGCAAAGCAGGAAGCAAAGGGGACGGCGGCGGACGCGCGUGACUGGCAUUCUGAAGGAGGCGGAUCGUCAGCGCGAUGUUAGGACUGGUGGGGGCGGGGGAUACCGUCCAAAGGAGGAGGAGGCGGAGGUGGAAAAGGAAGAGAUGGAGAGCAUCUGGGAUUUCAUAACCAGGAACGUUCCGGUGAACUCUCGAGAGAGGGACGCCUUCAUCCUCUUCGUGGAGCGGAAGCAGCCCGACCUCUUGGACAACAACAACAACAUCAACAACAAAAACUACGGCAGGAACCCGGAUGUCGGCGUCGGUGACCAGACAAAGCCCGCGCUUGGCCGUCCCAUCUCCUCCCCCAGCCCGAAACGUCCUGCUGCUGGCGGCGGGGGCGGCGGUGGUGGAAGGGUGGCUGCGCCGCCCACCACCGCCACCGUCGUCCGGCGCUACCGCACCCAAGAGGCCACCUGGGAGAGGGCGCGUCGCCAAACCGUCCCCUCGAGAGCCUUGGGGGAGUUGCUGGAGGCAUGGAGGUCGGGGCAAGAGGGGAUGACGCCGGCGGAAUACGGGGCGGCCUUCAUCGGCCCUCCGAAGCGCGCCAGCUUUUUAGCGUACGCCAUCGCCAACGGCUGGGGCACAAGAGCCGGAGGUGUCCACUCGCAGCAAACCCUGGAUGGCGUCGCGGCGGAGUGGAGGCGCGGGAGUGGUCGCUGUCCCGAGAUGGACGCCCUGUGGGAGGUUCUGCGAGAUCUUCUCUGGGAUGAGGCAGAAGGCGCUAUCGGCGAGGCCCUCAGCGACGGUGUCGACCUGUACAGCAUCCCCCACCGCCUUCUCCACGACCCGCCGAGAGGGCGACAAGGCCAUAGGAGCAGUAGCAGCAGCAUCAGAAGAAACAGUGCCCGCCCGGUGCUGCUGUCGCCGCGGCAGCGCGGUGAUUACGACCACCACCAGCAACGCCAUCGUCGCGCUUCCACGGCCCCGGCAUCAACAGACGGCGCUGCGGCUGCGGAAUUUGAUGGCGAGGGUGUUGGUGGCGGGGACAACGGGUUCGACAGACAUGGAGGCGGGGAAGGUCCCGCGGGAAGAGUGCUGCUGCAGGGAGAGAGGGUUGCCGGCUCCGUGCGGCAAGGGCAGGCCGCCUUCUACCAGACCCCAUGUCCUACAGAGAGGGGAGCGUGCCUCGAGAUCACCCUCGAGUCCCAUGACGACGGAUCGAGGGCACCGGGGCGAAGCAACGACAACGGCAUACCGACCGCCAUCAGCCUUUACGCCGUCCAAGCCCCGCACCGGCCACUACGUCUGUCGUUCUACACCUGGGUUUCCCGCGGUAAAACCCACCACCGCCUUCUGCUCAACUGGAAGGGCCCCGCCGCUGGAUUGAAGGGGGGCGACGAGGGAACUCUAUCCCCUGCCCCGUCCCCGCCCCGCACAGGCGCAGUCAUUUCGUCACCAUGGGAUGGAGUAAGGGGAUACACGUCCCCCCGCCCCGCCACGGCAUCCGCCUCUAAGCCAUGGAAGCCCGUGCCACCGGCCCCGAUUCACAUGGCGGUAGUUUGCCCGGAGCCUCCGCCGCCGCCGUCCCCGCUAGCCCCCGCUUUCGACGGCAGCGGCAUCGGUAUCCUCGCAGCCACGGCCCAAGCAGAUGAAACGCUCGACGAUCGAGGUAUUUUCGGGGGCGUUCUUCAAGAGCCCGGGCGGGUAGAGGGUGGUGCUACCAGGGGGUCCGUGGGGGGACAGGUGGCGACGCCGAGGAGGAAGAGAGUAAGGUUUACAGUCCGGGUGAGGGUGGUGGGGCCUCCAAGGGUGGUGCUAGAGGGAAGGUGGUACUCGCUUCCCUUCGGAACGGACACGGGAGGGGGGACGACGGGCCCGCAUCCCCUGGCCGCUUUCGCCACCCUUCGGCUACCGACACCGCUCAGGGCGACUCGAUGGGGCCCGGAUUCCUAUCCAGAAGAUCCCUUUGGAGAUCUUGAUGUGUCUGUGUUUGCAGGGGAGGAAGACAGGUCCGGGUUCGUGGACUCGGAAACCUUGGUGACUCUUCAGGCUCGACAUUCGACCUGCGACCCUGACGCCGUCGACAUCUACUGCGGCACCUCCCCAAGACCUCGCCCUAGCCCGGCCGAUCACACGUGGCGGAUGCCGAUCGGUGGCGGCGGUGACGGCGGCGGCAGCGGGGUUGCGGCUCGGGUACCCGGAGCGCCAGCGCCUAGCCAGCCCGUCGACGGUGGUGGCGGGAGCGGGAACAACGGGACGCGGGGAGUAAUUUGUCCUGCACCAGGCCACCGUCAGCCCGGAGAUAAUCAUCAUGGUGCGGCCGGCGAGGUCGCCGGCGCUGGGGUCAGCAGAAUGACUGUGGCCAUGCCAAGGGACCACACGGGCGCCUUCCAUGUCGGCGUGUUCGGGAGGGAGCGCCGCAAGACCACCACCGGCGGUGGUACAGCGAGAGGGGGAACCAUCAAUAUCAAGGUAACGCGGUUGAUCGACGACCAGUUCGUCCUGAAGCAGCUCGAGUUCGCCCAGGACUUCCACAGGCGUUUCUGUCCACCAGGGGAUGAUGACGAGCGCGUCCCCGUGCUGGGGUCGGGACGGGCCUGCCAGGGUGUGCACACCCGACCUUUCUUGCUGGCGUCGAGAAGGAUCUCGCCGUCGCAGAACGAGUACUCGUGGCGGGGGACCAACACGGAGGGGCUGGUUGAGGUGCUACGCGACAGCAACCGGCCUGGUCGAGUGUUGACACGUUACACGGAAACUCUCCAGGUUUGUAGACUGGUCUUCUAA